GAGUUUGGAAAUUAUCGAGAAAUUCAAACAAAUCCUAGACAAGCGAAAAUCUAUCGCAAUACAUCAUAUCCACCCUACAUACAGUCAACAUUCUUACUUCUGAAGCUUAUAUUAUUUCUUGUUUUAGCUUAUCAAUCCGCAUGGUAAAAUAACUACCUACUGUUUGAUGAUCACUGCGAUAUCUAAAAGCACAUGUCCGUAUCCUCAAAUUUAUCUGCCAUCCUUCUCAGUUGCGCAUAUCCGGGAAUAUCACUACAGAGACCGAAUCAUCAAAACCACAAGUUUAGUUAUGUCAAAAAGAUCACGGCGCUCACGGGCAUCACCACCUCCGCGAAGCUCAAGGGGCUCUCGGGGCUCGCGGGCACCACUUCAAUCAGAGUUAUCGCCAACACCAGGGCUACUACAGGAUAUAUGGGAGUGGGACACGGACUUGAGUGCAGAAGAGAAUGAUAACAAGUCUAUGGAAUUUACAACUGCACACAACGUGCGCUGGGAAAAUAUGCAAAGAUGGGAACUCCCGGUUGACUUAACCCCAGAGAGCGCAUGCUAUCAAUAUCAGGCCUGGGUAGAUAAGGUAAGAGUAGAUGCCGGUAUGAAGCGUGAGCUUGCAAUCUCUUUCCCCAAGGGCGUACCACCGUUGAGAGCUUACUUUCAUCCUGUUUGGGUUGGGGGAGAGCCAGGACCUCCUCAAAUGGGUGAUAUGAUUAGCAUAAACCCAGAGUUUGAUGACGAAUCAAUCCCGCCACUUACCGAAACUUCAUAUACAAAUGUUUAUUAUGGUCGGGAUCCUAUUGAACAAGCCAUGGUUCCACACCGACUACCCGCCGUUGCAACGCCCGCAAGCCUACGAGAUCAAAUACAAUUAGCAUUUAAGUCGUUACCUCAACACACAGCUCUAUACUCCUUAAAGGAAUACGUCGCUCCAUUUAUUCCCCAAAAGAGCUUCGAUCAAGUUUGCCAUCGAAGUUUUUCUGAGCUGACAAUUGAUGAAUUACAAGGUGACUUGGUUCCCUUUGACGGGAAUUAUGAUUGGAUGUUUCGAUGGCCAGAUUUGUUUAGCGAAUUAUUCCUUUUGCAGAAUACGCUCUGGGAAAGAGAUUUCAUCAAGUCUCAAGAGAAUUGCCAAGUUUGCUGGAUUGUUCGCACUGUUGAGAUGCAAAGGAACCUACCUCCUGGCACUACGCUUUAUUGAGAGAUCAAAUAUUACAGAGAGAACCCACAUGAGGUGCCCGAAAGCUGCAGGGCAUCGGUGAUUGCUGAAGCUCGAAAGCGAGGAGAAAUCCCUCAACUUACCACCCAAGCUAGUGGAAGCAGAUACCAAGAUAAUCCUACCAGAUUUGAUGAAGGUAGUACAAGCGGUCAUGGAGCUGAUAAUUAUGGACAAUCAACUUAUCAACCCAGUGGCAGCGGAAAUGAUUUUUACAGAGGAGAUCA